GUAAUGUUUACUAGCACAUCACUAGUAGAAACUGUGAAUAUCAAUGUGGACGACUUUUCGGAAACAUUUUUGACAUGUUCAACGUGUCUUUAUACCUAUGACGGGAACACCCGAAAGCCAAAGCUCCUACCGUGUUCCCACUCCGUCUGCCUCUUCUGUGUGACCCAGCUCGCCGAGCUCAGCCCCGAGACCCAGCCGCCUACUCUACGAUGCCCACUGUGCCGUGAGGUUUGCCCGAUUCCUGCCGGCGGAGUCAUCCUAUUUCCAGCAGCGUUUUUUAUCAAUCAGCUGUUGGAUGUGAUGCAGAUACAACGCAAAGACGUCGUCCCAUCAUGCUCCAAUCACCCGACAGACCAACUUUUGUACUGUGAGACUUGUGAUUUGGUUUUCUGCGAAAAUUGUCAGGAUUCCGUGGUGAACAAAAAAUGUGAUGAGCAUACGGUAGUUCCGCUAUCUAUUGCAAUCAAAAGAAUGUCUGAAAUUGUGGUAUACCGUGCAAAAGGACGGCUCCGAGCACUUGACGAUGCUCACGUGACUGUUAAUAGGGAAAUUGUGCAGCUUGACGGGAAUGUGGAUAAGAUUGUUGAACAGAUUAAUGCGGCUAUACAGGAAGUGUCAAAUCUUGUUGAAAAUCGACGUCGUGUACUUAUCGAAACCGUCCGUGUUCGGCGAGAUGAGAAGCGGAAAGUGCUGAAAGAUCAGCUGGAAGUGAUUCAGGACGAGAAAAAGAAAUUGCAAAAGGAACUGGAAUCCUGUAAAAUGGACAUCCGCUCAAUGGCUCGGCAGCUUAAAGACGGCAACUCGGACGACAACUGGCAGCGGAGAAUCAUUGAACCACGGGAAAAUGCAUUUUUGCGGAUUAACACAAAUUCUGAGCAAAUGCUGGUAGAUGUAGAGAGGAAUUUGAAUGAAUUUGGGAAGUUGUACGCGUCGAAUACGUUUCCUGGCACAUCUACAGUUGAAGCGCCUGCUCAGAUGGGAAUCCACGUGGAAAACUCGCUGACUUUGAUAACCCGUGACGUUGAUGGCAAGGCUCGGAAAACUGGAGGAGACCCUGUUGAAGUGGAGCUCCAGCUCGUCGCCCUGGACCCUCACUUGACACAAAACCGCCUGGCAGAUGCUCACCGCAAGCGUGCUGAGGAUGAAGUGAAGAAUAUUCGAGUUGUUGAUGAAAAUGACGGGACUUAUCAUUUAUUCUUUAGACUAACACAACCCGGUGACUAUGAAAUUUCGGUGAAAAUCUUUGGGCGACCGGUGGCAAAUAGUCCUCUGGCAUUCCGAAUUGACAGCUUCCAUGCCUAUGACUGGCAAAUGCCUGUCACAUUCAAAUAUCCCACAAAAUGUUGGUGGGAUGAGCCGACGAAACGGAUGUUCGUGCUGGAUAGUGGGAACAAGAGAGUUCGGGUGCUUCGAGACAAUGGUGACGUCAUCACGGAUGUCAGGAAUGAUGAGUUUAAGAGCGGCACUGUCGGAAUGGUAUACCUGGGUAACGAGGAGCUCGUCGUCCUGUCUUGGCAGCGCAAAAUGCUCAGCAAACUAAAUACACGUGGCGAAAUCCUGAAAGCCGUCCAAUUUUCCGAGUUCUACCAGCCGACGGAUGUUGCAGUGGACUCGCGUGGCCGAUUUGUGAUAGCUGAUAAAACGAAAAUCUUCAUUUUUGAUUCGAAUUUCAAGCCGCUGCUCAGUUUUCCGGUGCGAGAGACGAAGGGCGCCGAGGUGAAGUGCGUGGGUGUUGGGCUCGAUGAUGACGUCAUUGUUGGGACCACCGAUGAGCUUUUGUUGUAUGAUGGAGCCGGGAAAAUGCUCAGGAAGUUGAAUGUGUCGCCUCCCGGGACGGUUAUGCCGAAAGUUGGCGGCCGCUUCAACAUAACUACAGUAACCUGUGACGUCACAACCGGUCAAAUCGUAGUAAUCUUCACUGACAAAAAGAUGGAUCGCACGAAUAUUGGGGUAAUCAGCUACAAAGGCGACUUCCUGUACUCCAUCGAACCGGGGCCACACGAAAAGUUUAUGGCUCCAUGCGGCAUUUUUGUGCACAAAAAUAAGGCAUUUGUGACGGAUUUUGAGAGGAACACGGUGCGAAGCUACAAGUACAAGUAGCUGAAAUCAUUGAGAUUUUAAACUUUUCGGGUUUUCAGAAAAUAUAAUUUUACCUCUUUCUUCAAUUCAUAAUGUUGUGAUUUUUUUGAUUUGAGAUUUCAAAAAUUUGAUAAAUUUUUUGAUAAAUA